UUGAUUGUUUGAAUAUGAACGAUGGAUGAUGAAAUCCAUAGCUUCCUCAUCUUCUUCGCACUUGUAUUCAUCUCUUGAUUCUCUUCUUUACUUCUGCUUGAAACCCAAAAUCUGUAAAUGCACCCACCGGAAAUCUCCGUUUCUGUAUAAUUUAAUACCCAAUGAGAGAAGCAUAUACACGGAUAUUCUCCCUCCACAUUCUCCCCGAAUUUCUGCAGAGUUCACUCUAAAUUCUGUUGUCCCACAGCUCCUUUCUGCGUUAAAAUCUUCCUCUUCGGUCUUCGAUUGCCAGGUAAUCCAUGCCCAACUUAUCCAGUCUGGAAAAUACAAUUUUGGGUUUAUCGGUGAUCAAUUGGUAGCGGCGUAUGCCAAGUUUGAUCGUGUGGUUGAUGCACGGAAUUUGUUUGAUGAAAUGCCAAACAAGGAUUUGGUCUCCUGGAAUUCUAUGAUUUCGGUGCUUUCCCGAAGAGGAGAUCUGAGCGAGAGCUUGGAUGUAUUCCGUAGGAUGAGAUGGGAGAUGGGUAUCAAACCCAAUGAGGUGACGCUUAUCUCCGUUCUCCCAGCUUGUUCCGAUAUGCAAGCAUUAGAUGGAGGCAGGUAUAUUCAUGGUUACACGGUCAAAUUGGGUUUUGAAUCUGAAGUUAAAGUUGUUAACUCUCUCAUUAACAUGUACGGGAAGUGUGGGGCUGUAGAUGCAGCUUAUCGAUUGUUCGAUGCCAUGCCAACGAGGAAUUUAGUUUCGUGGAAUUCAAUGGUCGCAAUUUGCAGUCAAUAUGGGUUUGAUGAGGGUCUUGAAAUUUUUAAUUUGAUGAGAAGAGCGGGUAUCGUGCCCGAUCGAGCCACCAUGGUGACCUUGCUUCAUGUUUCUACAGAUUUAGUCACAGUCACAGGAAAGCAAGCAAAAUCCAUUCAUGGUUGUAUUGUCAGCUGUGGAUUGAAUUUGGACGUGACUGUUGCAACCGCGCUCAUAACUGUGUAUGCAAAGUCGGGGAGCUUGGGUUCCUCUCAUGAAGUAUUCUGUGAGCUGAACAACCCAGACAGAAUAGCUUGGACUGCCAUGCUUGCAGGCUAUGCCAAGCAUGGUCAUGGAAGAGAUGCAGUCGACUUCUUUCAUCUCAUGAUUAAAGAAGGUGAAGAGCCUGAUCAUGUCACCUUUACACAUUUGUUGAAUGCAUGUAGUCAUUCAGGACUUGUCAAUGAGGGUAAGACAUACUUUGAAGUUAUGUCUAAAGUUUAUGGAAUCGAGCCAAGGAUGGAUCAUUAUUCAUGCAUGGUUGACCUCCUUGGUCGCUCUGGGCAUUUGGAGGAAGCCUAUGAGUUGAUUGAGAGGAUGCCAUUCAAGCCGAAUGCUGCUGUCUGGGGGGCUUUGCUGGGAGCCUGUAGGGUUCACCAUAAGAUUGAACUUGGGAAGGAAGUUGCUGAGAAGUUGUUUUCCCUUGAACCACUAGACCCCAGGAAUUAUAUUAUCCUAUCAAAUAUGUAUUCGGCAUCCGGUUUGUGGACAGAAGCCUCGAAGGUUAGAAUUUUGAUGAAGCAAAGAGGUCUCAGAAAAAACUCAGGUUGCAGCUUUAUUGAACAUGGGAAUAAGAUCCAUCGUUUUGCAGCGGGUGAUUGGUCACACCCAGAAUCAGAUAGGAUUUACAAGAAGCUAGAGGAACUUGUUGGGAGGAUGCGUGAAGCUGGGUUUGUUUCCCAAACAGGAUUUGUUCUGCAUGAUGUUGAUGAGGAGGUGAAGGAGGAUAUGAUCAAUCAACAUAGUGAGAAGCUAGCGAUUGCAUUUGGGCUUCUGGUGAUGGGCACUGGGAGGCCUAUUAUGAUUACCAAGAAUCUUCGUAUAUGUGGUGAUUGCCAUAGUGCUGCAAAGUUCAUUUCAUUCAUGGAGAAACAUUCAAUUAUCAUCCGAGAUUCAAAGCGUUUCCACCAUUUUGCUGAUGGCUUCUGCUCUUGUGGUGACUAUUGGUGAUCCCUGACGUUAUCAAACUGAUUAUGCACAAAGGAUUAGUAAUUGAAUCACAAAUAUGGUUAAAAGUGAAAAUUGGUUAGUUUUUGCUUUUUUAGCUGAUUUGUUAUGUAUAACCCAACUUUCACAAUUUCUGAUGGAUUUGGUUA